UUGGACCCAGUUAUAAUGAGUAAAGAAGAAGUAAAUUUAAUUUUAUCCAACAGAAACAAUUGGCCAGGAACAUUUAUUAUUUACGAGGAUUUGAAAAGGGAAAGAAUCGGUUUAGCUCUCAAAUGUAGAAACGGAGACAUAAAACAUCAUACAAUUGUCAUUGUCAACGAUUUAUAUUAUCUGAAGUCAUUUCCAUUCCCAUAUUUGGAGUCGAUUGUACUCUAUUAUCGAAAGCACAAACUUAAUGGAACAAAAUUGACCUGUCAGGCGGAUUGGAACUCGUACAUGAAACCAAGAAGAUCAGCAAGAAUCACACAGCAUCUAAUGUCAACAAUUCUUCCAACUAAUGUCAAUAAUAUCUCAGCCAGAGACAGAUUGUUGUUAUAUAAAUCAAAAUCCCUUAGGCUUUAGAUUUUUUCAAGUUUUUCUCGUCCGCGACAAUUAAGUUUAACUAGCUUAACGCUUUACUGAGCGCAGCCACAAUAGAAGUACAUCACCUCCCAAACCCUUGCUUUCGUCCAUGCUCGGACGGUGCUGCCAUCUA